UUAUGCUUCACUUUUAAUAUCUAAACUUUGCGUGCUAAUUAUCACCAUCACCAUCGCCGUUACCAGUUACCACCAUCAUCUCUUCCACUCCACACAACCACCACCUUCACCGUCACACAUCUACCAUCCUCACCGGAACCUCAACACACACACAAUCCUCCAUAACAAACUCGCACAAAUGGCGAACUUGUACGUCCAAGCUGUACCGCCCACAGAUCUCAACAGAAACACCGAGUGGUUCAUGUAUCCCGGCGUCUGGACCACCUACAUACUCAUCCUCUUCUUCGCUUGGCUCGUUGUUCUCUCCGUCACCGGCUGUUCUCCCGGCAUGGCUUGGACCACCGUCAAUCUCUGUCACGCGCUGAUUACAUAUCACUUCUUUCACUGGAAAAAGGGAACACCUUUUGCUGAUGACCAGGGCAUCUACAACAGGUUGACUUGGUGGGAGCAAAUCGACAGUGGCAAGCAGCUAACUCGCAACAGAAAAUUUCUAACUGUCGUUCCUGUUGUGCUGUACUUGAUAGCAUCCCACACAACCGACUAUCAAAACCCGAUGCUGUUCUUAAACACAUUGGCGGUUUUUGUGCUAGUGAUUGCUAAGUUCCCACACAUGCAUAAGGUCCGGAUAUUCGGAAUCAACGCCGAAGAAUGAAAAGCGUCAUGUUCAGUUAAGUUCAGUUCCUUACCAUCCAUGAAUAUAUGUAAGCCGUUAAUUUUGAUACAUUCCGACAGUUAAAAGGUAUGGAACUGGUAAAAGGGUAUAUUAACGUUUCUUUUUCUCUUU